ACAGCUAUGGAAAAUCGGUCUUCAGUGAAUGAGUUUGUUCUUGUGGGAUUAACACAACAACCUGAGCUCCGGCUGCCCCUGUUGUUUCUGUUCUUGGUGAACUUUAUGGUCACUAUGGUGGGCAACCUGAGCUUAAUCACGCUAAUCUGCCUGAAUUUGCACCUUCACACGCCCAUGUACUUCUUUAUCUGCAACCUGUCCUUCAUUGACUUUUGUUAUUCGUUUGUCUUUACCCCUAAAAUGCUGAUGGGCUUUAUCGCAGAGAGGAACAUCAUCUCUUAUCCAGAAUGCAUGACUCAGCUAUUUUUCUUCUGCUUUUUUGUCAACUCUGAGUGCUACGUGCUGACAGCCAUGGCUUAUGAUCGCUAUGUGGCCGUCUGUAAGCCUCUGAAGUACACGAUCAUCAUGUCUCCAAGGAUUUGUUUGCUGUUGAUGUCUGGUUCAUAUUUGAUGGGAUUUUCUGGUGCCAUGGUCCACACAGGGUAUAUGCUGAGGCUCAUCUUUUGUAAUUCUAAUAUCAUCAACCACUACAUGUGUGACAUCUUCCCCCUGCUUCAGCUCUCCUGCAGCAGCACGUCCGCCAAUGAGCUCGUGAGUUCCGUCGUUGUAGGUACAGUGAUCGUUGCAUCAAGCCUCAUUAUCUUAGCUUCUUAUGCUUUGAUUCUUUUUAAUGUUAUUCACAUGUCUUCCGCUAAAGGUUGGUCCAAAGCCAUUGGAACCUGUGGUUCUCACAUAAUAACAGUUGGCCUGUUCUAUGGCUCAGGGUUGCUCACGUACGUGAAACCAUCUUCUACUGAGUCUGCCAGCCAGGGGAAAUUUUUCUCUGUGUUUUAUACUAUUGUGGUGCCCAUGUUGAACCCUCUCAUUUAUAGCCUCAGAAAUAAGGAUGUCAAACUUGCUCUGAAGAAAACCAUGAAGAGAUUUACAAAGUAA